GUCUGUCUGUAACUGUCUGUAACUGUCUGUAACUGUCUGUCUGUAACUGUCUGUCUGUAACUGUCUGCCUGCCUCUGUCUGUAACUGUAUUAUUACAUCAUCUGUUACAUCAGCUAAACGAACACAUCCAUAAACUGUUUCACUGUCAACAUUUGGUUGUUGAUUGACCUCAACACCAACAAAGAAUCUGAUCACAUGACCUCCAUGGAUGACAUCAUGACGGCGUUCACCACUGAGGACCCGUCCUCUAUCAGCACAUCGACCAUCAGUGGUGAUGACUAUGACUACGAUUACUCUGACCUGAUGUGUGACCGGGAGUCAGUGCGAGAGUUCCGGAGCCGCUACGAGCCGCCACUGUUCUGGAUGAUCGCCUUGGUGGGCGGAGCCGGGAACCUGGCUGUGGUGUGGAUCUAUCUGAACUUCCGGCGGAGGCUGAAGACAAUGACGGACGUGUACCUCCUCAACCUGGCGGUGGCCGACCUGCUGUUCCUCAUCACGCUGCCACUGUGGGCAGUCGAGGCAUCCCGGGGCUGGAGCUUUGGUUCCGGCCUCUGCAAGGUGAACUCCGCCCUCUACAAGGUGAACCUGUUCAGCAGCAUGUUGUUGCUCACCUGCAUCAGCGUUGACCGCUACGUGGUCAUCGUGCAGACCACCAAGGCGCAGAACUCACAGUUGGAGCGUCGCCGCUGCAGCCGACUGGUGUGUCUGGGGGUGUGGCUGCUGGCCCUGCUGCUUGCCACGCCAGAGCUCGUGUUUGCCACCACAGCUGGGGCAAACUCGAAGCAGUACUGCAGGAUGGUCUUCCCACCUCACCUGGGCAACCGCACCAAGAUCCUGGUACUGUCGCUGCAGGUGAGCAUGGGCUUCUGCCUGCCCUUCAUUGUCAUGGCCUUCUGUUACAGCGUCAUCGUCGCCAAGCUGCUCAAGACCCGAAACUUCCAGAAGCACAAGGCCAUGCGCGUCAUCCUGGCCGUGGUGGUGGUGUUUGUCGUGUCCCAGCUGCCUUACAACGGUGUGCUGGUGAUGGAGGCAGUGCAGGCCUCCAACAUGACCAUUACGGACUGUGACGCGAUAAAGCGCUUUGACAAGGCGGGGCAGGUGCUGAAGAGUCUGGCCUACAUGCACGCCUGCCUCAACCCGUUCCUCUACGUCUUCGUUGGCGUGCGUUUCCGCCACGACGUGCUGCAGCUGCUGCGCGCCUGUCGCUGCCAGCCAGCCAAUAAGAAUCAGCUGAGCAAGUCCUGCAGGAGCCCGCUGAGCUCCACCAGAGCCUCAGUGAUGUCGGACAGCGACACCUCACAGGCGCUGUCGCUGUAGAGACACCAACGAUUGCAACUUCCUGUUUGUGAUGUCAGCAGAUGACGUCAUCACUCCUUUGUGUGCUCAUGGAGGCUUAAAAAAAAAAAAAAAAAACGACUAACGGACGUUUGUGUCUUUACCUCACCUGAAGGAACUUUUAACUUUUAAGGCCUUGAAUGUAUCAUCUUCAGACUUUUUUCCAGGACUUUCCUAAACUGAAUGUGAAGCGCUUUCGUGAUUAAACUGUGAAAUUUAGCUGCUGUUAUUGUUCAUGUGACCUCUUUGUUUUCCUCACAUGUUCACUGUGUUUCAUCAUCCUGCUUGAACAGGAAACACAUCACAACGGGUAAGCAACGGCGGCUAGUAGAUGCUAACAGAUGCUAACAGAUACUAGUAGAUGCUAACAGAUGCUAGUAGAUGCUAACAGAUGCUAGUAGAUGUUAACAGAUACUAGUAGAUACUAAUUGAUGCUAACAGAUGCUAGUAGAUGCUAGUAGAUGCUAACAGAUGCUAACAGAUGCUAGUAGAUGCUAACAGAUGCUAGUAGAUGCUAGUAGAUGUUAACAGAUACUAGUAGAUAUUAAUUGAUGCUAACAGAUGCUAGUAGAUGCUAGUAGAUGCUAACAGAUGCUAGUAGAUGCUAGUAGAUGCUAACAGAUGCUAGUAGAUGCUAACAGAUGCCAACAUAUUUCUCUAGAUGUUUUUGUGCGAGUGUGAAAAACAGGAAGUUGAUGAUUCACUCUGGUUUCUUCAUUUCCUGUUUGUGUUUUAAUUGCAUGGUUCUGAUCUGAUCUUUGUAUCGUCUUUUGAUCAGCUGGAACUGUAAGAUGAUGCACCAGAACAUCUGUAACAGCUGGUUCUGGUUUUUAACUUGUUAGACUUCUCUGAACAAACUCUUGAAAUAAACUUCAUAUAAAAACCAA